UGUGCUGUGCUCUGUCUGAACCCGUCCGCUUGCCGUAGUCUGCUUGUCCUCUUGAGGGCAAGGGAAUAAAAAUGCUUAUGUUGGUUUAGCUAUCGUAGCAAGUAUUUAAAAAAAUGUCUUCGAAUGGAUCCGGGACGAGGGGAUUUUACUUCAACACGGUGCUGUCUCUGGCCCGGUCCCUGGCAGCCCACCGACAUGCACCGAUAGAAAAGGUCCAGAAGCUACACUGCAUGUGUCCGGUGGACUUCCGUGGAGUUUUCCAGCUGGAUGAGCGUAGGAGAGAUGCUGUCAUCGCUUUGGGCAUCUUCCUGGUGGAGUCCAACCUGCAGCACAAAGACGCCAUCGUCCCCUACCUCCUCGGCCUGCUCAAGGGACUCACGAGGGUUCAAUGGAUCGAGGAGAGCUCCGAGCGCAAAGGAAGGGAUACUCUCCCUGUAGCGGAGAACUUCAGCUUCUUUCUAGUGACGCUUCUGUCAGACGUCGCCCAGCGGGAUGAAACACUACGAGGACAGAUCCUGGAGACGGUGAUGGACAUAAUGCAGGUGCUGCAGGAUACCUGCAGAGACCCAGAGCACCAUGACAAAGAGUACCUGUGCAGGUACACGGUGCCGUGCCUGCUGGGCGUGGCCCGGGCCUUCGGUCGCUAUAGCAACACGGAGGAGGCCCUGCUGUCCAAGCUGUUCCCGCGGCCCGUGGUGGCCCUGCCGGCGUCGGCCGACGACGGGGACGCGGCCCGCCGCCGCUCCUUCAGCGACUUCCGCUCCAUCCUGCCCAGCUCCUUCCUCGCCGUGUGCCAGGAAGACUCGGCCAAGCGCAAGAGCUCGUCCGUCUCCGGGACGUCCCAGCAGGCCAGUCCGGAGAGAGUUGGUUUGAUGCCCAGCUCUCCCACGGACCCCUCAGCUCCCUACUUCGAAGGCUCCUACCUGCCAGACGGCAGUGCGGUGGACCCUGACUACUACUUCUCCACCAUCAGCUCCAGCUUCUCCGUGUCCCCUCUCUUCACCGGGAGGAGCCCCGGGGACUUUGACGUCCCCCUGGACAUGCUCCGGCAGCUGCUGCACAUGGUUGAACUGUUCGUCUCUGAGUCAUUUCUGAAAACACUGGAUGGUACUCUGGCAGAAGUCUUAGAGCUGAACCCAGGUCUCCACCUGUACUACAAAACCUUCAGCGACCCGCUGUACGUGGCCAUCUUUAAAAUGCUGAGAGACACGCUGUACAACCUCAAAGACCUGCAGACGGGCUACGUGAAGGAGGUCCAUGACUUUGUGCUGGAGCAGUUCAGCAGCAGCCAGUCGGAGCUGCAGAGGAUCCUGCACGACGUGGAGCACCUGCAGAGCGAGCUGAGCCCCCUGAAGCUGCGUUGCCAGGCCAACGCCGCCUGCGUGGACCUCAUGGUGUGGGCUGUCACCGAGGAACAGGGAGCUGAGAACUUGUGCACCAAGCUGUCGGAGAAGCUCCAGUCCAAGACGUCCAGCAAAGUCAUCAUCGCCCACAUGCCGCUCCUCAUCUGCUGUCUCCAGGGCCUGGGUCGUCUGUGCGAGCGGUUCCCCGUGGUGGCCCACUCGGUCACCACGUCCCUCAGGGACUUCCUCGUGGUGCCCUCUCCAGUCCUGGUCAAGCUCAACAAGUACCACAGCCAGUACGCUCCAGCCGGAGCGGAGAUCAAGAUCCAUGUGACCAACGAACACUCCCUGUCGAUGCUGGGCUGCCACGCCAACAAGAGCAGCCAGGCCACCCUGUACGAGCAGCUCCGAGACAUCUCCAUCGACAACAUCUGCAGGUGUCUGAAGGCCGGUCUGACCAUGGACAGUGUCAUCGUCGAGGCCUUCCUGGCCAGCCUCUCCAACCGUCUCUACAUCUACCAGGAGAACGAUAAGGACGCCCACAUGAUCCCGGACCACACCAUCCGGGCCCUGGGCCACAUCGCGGUGGCCCUCAGGGACACCCCGCGGGUCAUGGAGCCCAUCCUGCAGAUCCUGCAGCAGAAGUUCUGCCAGCCGCCCUCCCAGCUGGACGUGCUGAUCGUGGACCAGCUGGGCUGCAUGGUCAUCACGGGCAACCAAUACAUCUACCAGGAAGUGUGGAACCUGUUCCAGCAGAUCAGUGUGAAGGCCAGUUCCAUGGUCUACUCCAACAAAGACUACAAGGACCACGGAUACAGACACUGCUCGCUGGCCGUGAUCAACGCGCUGGCCAACAUCGCGGCCAACCUGCAGGCGGAGCACAUGGUGGACGAGCUGCUGGUCAACCUGCUGGAGCUGUUUGUUCAGCUGGGCCUGGAGGGCAAGAGGGCCAGCGAGAGGUCCAUGGACAAGGGCCCCGCGCUGAAGGCAUCGAGCAGCGCAGGGAACCUGGGCGUGUUGAUUCCUGUUAUCGCUGUGUUGACGAGGAGGCUGCCGCCGAUCAAGGAAGCGAAGCCCCGCCUCCAGAAGCUGUUCAGGGACUUCUGGCUCUACUCCGUUGUCAUGGGCUUCGCUGUGGAGGGAUCAGGUCUCUGGCCAGAGGAGUGGUAUGAAGGGGUGUGUGAGAUCGCCACCAAGUCGCCUCUCCUCACCUUUCCCAGCGGAGAGCCUCUACGCUCCGAGCUGCAGUACAACUCGGCCCUCAAGAACGACACUGUCACUGCGGCGGAGCUCAACGACCUGCGCAGCACCAUCAUCAACCUGCUGGACCCCCCUCCCGAGGUGGUGGGGCUCAUCCACAAGCUGGACUUCGCCAUGUCCACCUACCUGCUGUCCGUCUACAGGCUGGAGUACAUGAGGAUGCUGCGGGCUCUGGACUCGGAGCGCUUCCAGGUCAUGUUCCGGUACUUUGAGGACCGGGCCAUCCAGAAGGAUAAAUCUGGGAUGAUGCAGUGUGUGAUCGCUGUCGGGGACAAAGUGUUUGAAGUGUUCCUGCUGAUGAUGGCCGAAAAGGCUAAAACCAAAGGCCACGAGGAGGAGCUGGAGCGCCACGCUCAGUUCCUAUUGGUCAACUUCAACCAUAUCCACAAGAGGAUCCGCAGGGUGGCUGACAAAUACCUGUCUGGGCUCGCCGAGACUUUCCCUCACUUGCUGUGGAGUGGGCGGGUGCUGAGGACCAUGCUGGACAUCCUGCAGACCCUGUCCCUGUCACUCAGCGCAGACAUUCAUAAAGAUCAACCGUACUACGAUAUCCCAGACACACCCUACAGGAUCACUGUGCCAGAUACGUACGAGGCCAGAGAGAGCAUAGUGAAGGACUUUGCUGCUCGCUGUGGGGAGAUCCUUAAGGAAGCUAUGAAAUGGGCUCCGUCCGUCACCAAGUCCCACCUGCAGGAGUAUCUGAACAAGCACCAGAACUGGGUGUCGGGUCUGUCCCAGCACACAGGCCUCGCUAUGGCCACAGAGAGCAUCCUGCACUUUGCUGGCUACAACAGACAGAGCACAACACUGGGGACUACCCAGCUCACCGAAAGACCCACCUGUGUGAAAAAGGACUACUCUAACUUCAUGGCCUCUCUGAACCUCAGAAACAGAUACGCGGGAGAGGUCUCUGGGAUGAUCCACUUCUCCCAGGUGGUGCGGGGUCAUUCGGACCUCAGCCGGCUGAUGGUGAAGCUGAUGGGGGAGGCGCUGGACAGCGGGCAGCCUGAAGGCUUCACAGAGGCCAUGUUCAAACUCGCUGCCUUGCUCAUCACCACCCAAGACUUUGACCCCCAGCUCCUGCACCACCUCUGCUGGUCGCCCAUCAGGAUGUUCACCGAGCACGGCAUGGAGACGGCCAUCGCCUGCUGGGAGUGGCUGCUGGCAGCGCGCACCGGCAUCGAAGUUCCCUUCAUGCGUGAGAUGGCGGGGGCGUGGCAGAUGACGGUGGAGCUGAAGAUGGGCUUGUUCUCAGACGCCAAGGUGGAGGCAGACCCCCUGGCUGCCUCCGAGGAGAGCCAGCCUGUCCCCUGUCCCCCUGACGUCACUCCACACCACAUCUGGAUUGAGUUCCUAGUGCAGCGGUUUGAGAUAGCAAAGUACUCGAGUGCGGAUCAGGUGGAGAUCUUCGGCAGUCUCCUCCAGCGCUCGCUCUCUCUCAACGUGGGCGGGAACAAGAGCAGCCUGAACCGCCACGUGGCCGCCAUCGGAUCCCGCUUCAGGCUGCUAACGCUGGGACUGGCUCUGCUCCACUCAGACGUGGUCACCAACACCACAAUCAGGAACGUGCUCCGUGAGAAGAUCUACUCCACAGCAUUUGAUUACUUCAGCGUGGCCCCUAAGUUCCCCACCCAGGGGGACAAGCACCUGCGGGAGGACAUCAGCAUCAUGACGCGCUUCUACGCCAGCAUCCUCUCGGACAAGAAGUACCUGGCCGCGUGCCACCUGGUGCCCCCCGGUGAGCUCUGCACCACGCCCGCGCAGAGCAGCCUCUCUGCCGGGAUAUUCGGAUCGCUAAUCGUGUCCAGCACCUCUCCGAUUUCCCUCCUAAACAACCAGGACCCGUCCAUGAACAGCCUAUCGGUGAUGAACGCCCCGGACCUCCGGAGCAACGCGGACUCCAGCGCCCGCUCCCAGGCGAGCGGCCAGGGCUGGAUCAACUCCUACCCUCUGUCCAGCGGCAUGUCCACCGCCUCCAAGAAGUCUGGCAUGUCCAAGAAGAGCAACCGAGGGACCCAGCUGCACAAGUACUACAUGAAGCGCAGGACGCUGCUGCUCGCCCUGCUGGCCAGUGAGAUCGAGCGGCUGACCACGUGGUACAACCCGCUGUCCACCCAGGAGCUGGCCAUCUCCACGGAGCAGUCCCUGGAGACCAGCAUCGCCAACUGGAGGUCCAAGUACAUCAGCCUGACGGAGAAGCAGUGGAAGGACAACGUCAACCUGGCCUGGGGCAUCGCGCCCUACCUGGCCAUGCAGCUGCCCCCCAGGUUUAAGAACGAGGCGAUCGUAGCGGAGGUGACCCGGCUAGUGAGGCUGGACCCCGGUGCGGUCAGUGACGUCCCUGAGGCGGUGAAGUUCCUGGUGACCUGGCACACCAUCGACGCCGACUCCCCCGAGCUCAGCCACAUCCUGUGCUGGGCGCCGGCCGACCCCCCCACCGGCCUCUCCUACUUCUCCUCCAUGUACCCCCCCCACCCGCUCACGGCCCAGUACGGCGUCAAGGUGCUGCGCUCCUUCCCCCCGGACGCCAUCCUGUUCUACAUCCCCCAGAUCGUGCAGGCCCUCCGCUACGACAAGAUGGGCUACGUGAGGGAGUACAUCCUGUGGGCGGCCCAGACCUCCCAGCUGCUCGCCCACCAGUUCAUCUGGAACAUGAAGACCAACAUCUACCUGGACGAGGAGGCGCACCACAAAGACCCCGACAUAGGGGAGCUGCUGGAGGAGAUGGUGGAGGAGAUCACGGGCUCUCUGUCCGGUCCAGCCAAGGACUUCUACCAGCGGGAGUUUGACUUCUUCAACAAGAUCACCAACGUCUCCGCCCUCAUCAAGCCCAUUCCAAAGGGAGAGGAGAGGAAGAGGGCUUGCCUCAAAGCCCUGUCAGACAUUAAGGUCCAGCCAGGCUGUUACCUACCCAGUAACCCUGAAGCUAUAGUUCUGGACAUUGACUACAAGUCUGGGACGCCGAUGCAGAGCGCUGCCAAGGCGCCCUACCUGGCCAAGUUCAAGGUGAAGCGCUACGGGGUGAGCGAGCUGGAGAAGGAGGGGCUCCGCUGCCCCACCGACUCCCCCGACGAGGGGGACGAGGGCUCGGACGUGGCGCGCAGGAUCUGCUGGCAGGCCGCCAUCUUUAAAGUGGGAGACGACUGUAGACAGGACAUGUUGGCUCUGCAGAUCAUCGGCCUGUUCAAGAACAUCUUCCAGCUAGUGGGCCUGGACCUCUUCGUGUUCCCCUACAGAGUGGUGGCCACCGCCCCGGGGUGUGGCGUGAUCGAGUGCAUCCCCGACUGUAAGUCCCGGGACCAGCUGGGCCGGCAGACAGACUUUGGGAUGUACGACUACUUCAGGAAUCAGUACGGGGACGAGUCCACCCUGGCCUUCCAGAAGGCCCGGUACAACUUCAUCCGCAGCAUGGCGGCCUACAGCCUCCUACUGUUCCUCCUGCAGAUCAAGGACCGGCACAAUGGCAACAUCAUGCUGGACAGCAAGGGACACCUCAUCCACAUAGACUUUGGCUUCAUGUUCGAGAGCUCCCCCGGGGGGAACCUGGGCUGGGAGCCCGACAUCAAGCUGACCGACGAGAUGGUGAUGAUCAUGGGGGGCAAGAUGGAGGCCACGCCCUUCAAGUGGUUCAUGGAGAUGUGCGUCCGGGGCUACCUGGCCGUCAGACCCUACAUGGAUGCCGUGGUUUCCCUGGUAACGCUGAUGUUGGACACUGGCCUGCCUUGUUUCAGAGGACAGACCAUCAAACUACUGAAAGGCCGUUUUAACCCCCAGAUGAGUGAGAAAGAGGCUGCAGCUUACAUCAUCAAAAUCAUCCAAAGUUGUUUCCUCAGCAGCAGGAGCAAGACCUACGACAUGCUCCAGUAUUACCAGAACCAGAUCCCCUACUGAACAAUCUCAGCUCGGGUCCUGGGAACCCCAACACAGAGAUCACUAGUCACAGACACACACACACACACACACACACACACACACACACACACACACACACACACACACACACACACACACACACACACACACACACACACACACACACACACACACACACACCUACUACAGCCGUCUUGCUCACAGCUCACGGACGAUUCUACUCUUCAAGUUUUAUUGAAACCCAAUUUUAUUUGUCUUCUUAGCUAACUUGUGUCUUAGCUCGUUGUUUGUACUUUGUUCAGCCCUCUCUCCUCACCUUCGUCCUUCAGACGUUUCAUUAAACAAAUGGGAUAUUGCUAAAUGUUUAAACCGUGACAAUUAUCCCUAUGUAUUGAAGAAUAACGUCAAUACUUUAUGUAAUAAUAUACAUGUUUUUCCUAUAUUGGGGAUUAAGACCUUUCUCUGUUUACCAAUGCCGCAACAAACGGGUAACAAUGCAUCUUUUUAAACGUGUUUGCUGUCGAUGCUUUGGUGUGACCCAGUGGGAACUAUGAUGGCACAACAUCAAUGGUUCACCAUCGGAGGAGAAAUGCUUACAGAACUCACUCGUCAUUAACCCUGGUCAAUUAUUCACUUUAGCUGUAAUCCACGCGUAUGCACUUUAUCGUCUUCAGUAUUUCAUUGAGUUCUUUCCCUUUCUGAUCAAAAGCUGUAAUUGACAGUUGACCAAUAGGACUCAAACAGAGACCAAAACAAUCCGAAACUAUUGAAUCGUUUAAAUGUGUGACGGUGCAUUAUAUUUUUAAAUCAACAAGUAUUAUCGCAUAUGCUAUCAUUACUUUAUAAGAGUUUCUUGCAGUUCAAAUACGCAUCUAUGCUAUCCUAGUUAGUUGUAUUAGGUUGUAUAAGUCAUAUAGUGAGAGUUUAGGAUGUAAACCAGUACAACACUAGCUUCACCAGUAUGAAGAUGGUGAGGUCAGACCAGAUUCUUGGCUCACAUCUCUUACCAAGGACUGUGGUGCUCAAGCCCAGAAUAUGCUCUGUAUUUCAAAUCUGCACAUUUCAAAACAGACGGUUUUGUUUGAAGAACCUCUCCCGUUCAGACUGCCUAACUCGUCUGGGUAAAACCUGGGAUUUGAAACAUUCCACUGACCGCUCAGAGUGGAGUGUUUUCCUCAUCUUGACUAUGCUAUGGGAUAGUUUAGUUGUACUACUACAGUUGUUUGUUUGUAAUAAUCAACCUAUGUUUUUUUGUUUGUUGCGUAUCCUGAUAUUGAUGAAGAUGAUGACUAUAACCUUAAAGCCAUGUACCUUUAUUCUCGAUCUAAAUAGACUGAUAGUUAUAUUGAGUCCAAAUGACUUUAUGCAAUCUGAGUGUGUAAUAAUAUUUAUGUGUUUACAAAAAAUAUGUAAAAAAAAAUACUGUUUGGUUUUGUAUGUCUGAAUUGGUAUAUGUGUUGUUAGGAACGGUAGAAUAUGAUGACCAAUGUAUAAACAGAAAAUACGUUUAUAAAGUCCUCUGAAACAAUUUGAAGGAGGGUUUGAGGAAACUGCUAUUGCUGUAACUUAAGGUGGAACUUCCAGGUUCAUAAAUGUCGAAAGUCCACUGGGAUCGAUCUGGAUUUGGUGAUAAGCACCAAGCCAGAAGUUGCAACUAAUGAGUGAAAUCAGUACACGGCUGGACCAAUAACACAUGGAGGACUUGAGAUUUCUAAACCUGGACUGUAUCCCCUGCUGUGAUCUUGGCUGAGCUGAUUUUGUUUUCUAUCUGUUAUUCAAAUACUACCUUUUCAAAAUACAUUCACUGUCCCUAAUGUCUACCACUGGCAUAUUUUGUCUUGCAAAGAUUGACAUUAUGAAGUCAUUAUGUGUGUCUGUGUAUAAUGUGUGUGUGUGUGUGUGUGUGUGUGUGUGUGUGUGUGUGUGUGUGUGUGUGUGUGUGUGUGUGUGUGUGUGUGUGUGUGUGUGUGUGUGUGUGUGUGUGUGUGUGUGCUCUGUGUGCGUGCUCUGUGUCUAUGGUGUUCCAGUAAAUAAAUUACCAUUUAUCUCUA